AUGUUCCGCCGUCGCUGGUCGGGCCUCCCGGCCGAUCCAGUCUUCCCCGCCGACCUGAAAGAGCUUGGCUACUUCAUCAAUGACAUCGAUGAAAUCCGAUCCAUCGAAAACCCUGACUACUACUUCAAGUACUUCCUGACCAAGAACGACCGCUGGAACGAUCGUCAGCGCUUCGCGUUCAACGAAGCGGUUGCCAAAGAGAUUCUCACCCGCCUCAAGGCCCGAGGCUUCGACACCAUCCCGCUUCCCCUGGGCACGCCUUCCACUCAACCUCACAUCCCCAUUCUCACCUCACCCGACCUCCCGACCAAGACCCGCGUGGUCCUCCUCUUUGGCGAAUCCUGCCAAUCCCUCAGCGUGCUCGCGCACCGGGUUAUCGGCGGACGGGGCGGCAUCACUCGCGGAUCCGUCCUCGGCUUUGUCGAGGCCUUGAACAAGCAGCAGAGCUCUGCCACCGACCCCGCGCCUCCCGGCCUUGUCAUCGCCAACCCGGGGGAGCUGUGGUGGUGGCCCGAGGGAGGGCGUGGCCUCAACCCCAUUGAAAGGCAUAGGGUGCCUAUGGCGAGCGCCGUGCACUAUGGCCGGUAUCACGAUCCGAAGGUGAAUGAAGUGCCUGGAAAUAGGACAGUUUCUGAGCAUGUGAAGGGGGUGUUCGAGACGGUUGUUAUGGGCGACAUGGUCAGCAAGGAGGCGAAGGUGGAUGUCAUCGUCAUUGGGGAUGUAGCAACCGAGGUGGAAGGUUAUCUGAAUGAUGACACAGUUUGGGAGAGAAUCGGUGGGAAAUUGAACUGCAUGGCGAUUUUGGGCGGUUCUUACAGCUCGAAAUAUUUCAAAUGCGAGGCGUUCAAGCAGUUCAUGAAGAAGCGUGCCCGCGCAUACAUCAUUCACCACACGCACCUCGGCAGUCCGGUCGCCGGCGCCGGAGGAAAUCCUGGUGCUGCCGGGUUCACCUCGUUCGGGUGCCCUGUCUUUAGCGCAGGUGAUACCCAAGUCACCGAGACGAUGCUCAUCGAGGCUCAGCCUGCGGUGCUCAACUGGAUUCAGCAGGUGGCCCUGGAGGGAGAGACAUACAAGAAUGUGGUGCUCAGGAUAUUCGGUGAGGAGGGCACCGGCAUUACCACUGAAAAAAUCGACUCCCCGUGGGCUGCGCCGGAGAUCGAGCCCGACGAAGGAAGCAAUGCAGUGGACCAGAAGGAGGCGACCAGAAUCCAGGACGAACCAGGCAAGGACACCGCAGUCGAGGACACCGCAGUCGAGGACACCGCAGUCGAGGACACCGCAGUCGAGGACAACCGUGAAGACAGCCCACCAACUUCAGUCUUCAUGCCUUCAAGGUUGCACGUAUUCGCACUUGAGGAUACCGCACUCGAGAACACCGCUGCCGAGGACAACACCCCGACUCGCUGCCAGAGCACCACACUGGCUCAUUCCCAACUUUGGCGCAUUCUCCACUACGAGAUGCUUGACCACAUCUGCAAGCGAGGACAAGCAUAA